AUGGACUACCAUCACCCGCCGAAACACUUCGUCCAGUCUACAGAUAUCUACAAAGACUUCGAAAGCGAAAAUAUGUAUGCCAGCACGGGCGACGAAUCUCAACAACCGCUGAUCGUUGACGAGAGCGACGACGCGACCGCGCCUCCGGAAGUCACCCGAAAUGAAGCGAAUCGUUUGAUCUGGCUAUUGACCCUCAGCGCAGGCUUGAGUGGUUUGCUCUUCGGCUACGAGUGA